AUGGAGGACGAUUCCCCUGUUAUUUAUGGACUAGAGCUGAACGUAAGUAGCUUCUUGAUGACUCAAAUUAAGGAGAGGAAGCAUCAUUCAAAUUAUGCAUUUAAUUAUUCGUGUGAUUACUUCUAAUUCCCGGAUAAAACUAGGCGAUCUCUUUUUUAAUAGGGUAAUAUGCUAUAAUAUUCGUCACUUCCCACACGUCAAUGAAAAUUUGAAAUUCCUCGAUUUACCUUAAAGAUCCAAUUAUAUAAUUCUCCUAUUUUAUAUAUACUAAGAGGGAAAUUCAGUAUUCUGGUAGUAAUUGUGAAUAUGAUGAAAAAAUGGUAAUAGGGAUUCGAUGCCUAACGAGAGAGAGAAAAGAGGCUUUCCUUAAUUACUCUAACUUCUGGUUACUUUUUUUGAUUAUAGGCUCGGGCUCUGGUCCCCCAGCAUGCGGAAACAGACAUUAUAAGGUUCAUUGUUGGAACUCAGUCACUUAAAUAUGAAAAUCAGGUGAAUCUUUAUGCUAUUUUUUUUUUCUCUGUUGGUCUGGUUAUUUACACAAGCUAAAAAUUAAAGUUAAAUUUGCUCCAAGAAAUAAAGGCUAGAAUUUAUAAUUCCAGAUCCAUCUGAUAGACUUUGAUGAUGAAAGCAAUGUUAUCAAUAAAAAUGUGUUUAUGCAUUCUGUUGGAGAAAUAUGGUGAGUUCAGUGCAUCAAUGCAGUUUUAUUUUUUAUGUUCCAUCAGUUUUUCAGCUUGAUAUGAUCUUAUUGUUCUCUUACUUAUUACUGUUCUAUCCAGGAAUAAUAUUCUUUGGAGAUAGUUUUGCCAGUAAUUAAAGAUUCUUUCCCAUUUCUGACAUUCCAGGUCAAUGAACACUAGUCCAACAGAUAAGACUCUCUUAGCAACUUGUUACAACGAAGGUAAGAUCUUUUUUACUGAAUCAUUGCAGCUAUCUUCACUGUAACAGUAGCACAGUUCAUGUACAGUGCAUGUCUAUCAUUGUGAUUUGGUGUUCCAGGACUAAUAUACACUUGUGGCCAAUGAGCUGCCCCUUGAAUAUACAGAACACUUCAUAGACAUGUAUAUUGAUAGCAUUAGCAGUAUAGAGGUCUAAAAACUGUUCAAUGUCUCCUAAACAUACUUCUUUAUUAGGCAGAAAUUUAUAGUACAUUUCUCAAAACAAGUAAUUAUUAUAUUUUUAAUAAUCUAGUGUCUGAGUCAAAAGCUGAAAUACAUGGUGCUCUAUGGAGGAUUCCCCCAGUAGAUGAUACAGAGCCCCCUGGUUUAGACUCACCUGGAAUCUCCCCUGGCAGUGGGUAUUCUCGAUCAUUACAACUUAUCUGCAAUUUUGACAACAAACAUGAGAAUAUGAGAAGGUUGGUUCACACAAUGUAACUGCUCUAUUCAUUCCCUUGGGCUUAUUUCUAUCUUAGAGGUCUACUUUGGCUAGGGGGUGGGCACAAUAGCACUAGCUAUUUUUCAAGGGGAAUGUUGAGUAUUUAGGAGGGCUGUCAAAUACAAGUUUGAUCCUAGGUUAGGGCAGAAUGAGGAGAAAUUUUGUCAACAAAAUUAAGGCAAGAUUGCUAUACAAUUGAACACAUGUACUUGAAGUUUAUUUUCACCCAAAUGGUUCCAUGUUGUUUGUUUUCUUACUUUUCUGAGAAGAAUUUACUUCUAUAUUUAUUUUUCCUCUAGUGUGUUGUGGAAUCCAUCUGGUGAUGGAAGCCAAGUUGUAACUGUUUGUGAACAACAUCUAGACCUGUGGGAUCUGGACAGAAGUGCAUCAACUGCAGAGGUAUUUCAGUGAUAAAUAAAACAACAAAAAAGAACUAAUGAACCAAGCAGUAAUAGGAAUGAAGUGGUAGCUAUAAAGGUCAGAAUGUGAGCAGAUCACACAAUCAUUCCCCCUUCCCCCAUCUCCUGAAAAGAACAAAAAAUGAAUUAAAAUAAUGCACUCAGCAAAGGCUCAUUCAGGAAGUGAUUCUUUUCCACUGAUUUCAAGUUAAACUGAGAUUUAAGAGUUGGCUUUUUUGGAAGGAGGAAUACAAAGAAAACCCCGUUGAGCAAGGAAAAGAAUCAACAACAGGCUUAACCCAAAUGAAAUGCCAUGCCCUGAAAUUGGACCCAGACUGAAGCCCUCUGCACCAUUCUUGCCUUUCAAAUCAUUUGCCAAUUCAAAUUUAAAAGGUGUAAAGGUGAGCAGUGGCACUGGAGACAAAUGAGGGACUUAUUGGCCACCUUUGUUUGAUUCCAUAGUCAAUUGACUCUGCUCUGCUGGAGGGUAAAGGUCAACCCAAGUUCACAACAGGGCGAUGGAACCCUCACCACAGUGGUUCUCAGAUUGCCACUGCAAAUGAUACAACUAUUAAAGGUUGGGAUGUGAGGACAAUGAGGUAAGUUUGCUUUUCUUAACUUGGCAAUAUUUUUUUUCACUCUCUGUUCCUGUUCUUUUACCAUAAAUUGACUCUAAUCACAAGUAAGACUAUUAGUGGGAGCACAAUUUCCAGUAAUUGAACCACAUGAAGUUAUCAUGUUUGAAUGACCUACUCACCCUCUUGUGUGGGCCAACCUGAAUCCAACACAGGGACAUAACAAAAUGACACAAAAACAUCCAACAAGCAUCUUAAUAUUUCUCCACUUGGUAGCAAUUCUUAUUGUACAAGUGUCACCACAAAACUCAACUGGUAAGAACCUCACCCAAUAUUAUGCUCUGCCAAUUAAAAAUGUUGUUGUUAUUUUCAUUCCAGGCCUGUUUACACAAUUGAGAGUGCGCAUAAUCAGUUAGUGCGUGACUUGGACUUUAAUCCAAACAAACAAUACAUAGUUGUCAGUUGUGGUGAUGAUUGCAAAAUGCGGUUCUGGGACACAAGGAACACUACUGACCCUCUGAUGGUAUUACAAGAUCAUUCACACUGGUGAGGAGAAGGGUGAAUGGUCCGUGGUCACAUCAUGCACUGGAAUGACUAACUGAUUGCCUAAAACUCUGACUUGCUGAUACUCACUGACUGAGCAAUUGACUGUCAAGGACACUUACUGACAGACAGAUGGACAGACAGACAGACAGACCGACUGGCUCACCGACUGUUUGACUGCCCAACACUCAGACUUACUGAUACUCACUGACUGAGCAAUUGAGACUGUUUAGGACACUUACUAACAGACAGACAGACAGACAGAUUGACUCACUGACUGAUUGACUGCCUAACACUCAGACUUACUGAUACUCACUAACUGAGCAAUUGUGACUGUUUAGGACACUUACUGACAGGCAGACAGGUAGAUAGACAUACAGACAGACAGACUUACUGGCUCACUGACUGAUUGACUGACUGACUGACUGGCUGACUGAUAGAAUAGCUCUUGUAAACUGAAACUGAUUGACUAAGUGUUUGCUGCUCUUUUCAGGGUGUGGAGUGUGCGGUUUAAUCAUUUCCAUGAUCAACUUUUACUGACAUCAAGCAGUGACAGCAGGGUUAUCCUAAACAACAUUGUGUCUUUGUCAUCGGAGCCAUUUGGUCAUCUGGAUGAGGAAGAUGAAGACGAAGGUUUACAAGACAAGGGGUAAGUCUGUAUUGGAGGUGUGGCUUGUCAGAGCAUGCAAUGUGGCUGACUCUGUUAGCAAGAAACAUAUAUAAUGCAGCUUGGCUACACAGGUUGGCAGCGUGUGUUAUCCCAAACAGUUGCUUGCUCGCAAGGAAAAAAUGACGUUAGUUUUGCUCUUUUUCCCAGAUCCAGAGAGCCGGUAAAAGAUGGAGUCAUAGCAACAUUUGAUGAACACGAGGAUAGCGUGUAUGCUGUGGAGUGGUCAACCGCUGACCCUUGGGUGUUUGCAUCACUGUCAUACGAUGGACGUUUGGUCAUAAACAGAGUUCCAAGAGCAGAAAAGUACAAGAUCCUUUUGUAGAACGUGUCAUAAUUAAGGAAUAAUGAGAAACCCCAUAACACAGUUAUCUGGCAUUGAUGGCAGCGUGGAACUUUUAGUGGGGGAGAAAGGGAUGACGGGAAAGAGGAAGAGGAGCAGUCAGGAAUGGUUGGACAUCAAGAGUUAUAUAUAAUUGGAAAGAGAAACUUAAGAGUUUGCGAACGAAAAAGAAGUGAGGUGCUUUGGUCUUAUUUCCAUGGAAAGUACAAGGCGUUGACUUUAUUUGCAUUGAGCAUAAUCGUGUCCGUCAAUUGACACCGCUGCUGGUUCGUUAAUGGAACAUGCGUAAAUUAUCCUUUGAGAGUGAUUCAAGGUCAACUGUUAAAGUCUAAGGUCGCUGAGAAAGGUAUCGCGUUCUUUAACUUGGGCAGUUACUGUCUGGAUAUUUUAUUGUCUGGUGAUGGCGUGAUACCGUCUUGAGUCAAACUUAUACCAUUUAUCUCGGAGGACCGGAGAGAAACAAACAGAGUAUCUAGGCGUAAAAAUAAAUACCGCGGCAACGUUCUUAAAGAAUUUAUUUUGCGAUCAGGAAUUCCAACAAUGUCCGAGUUUACGGUCAGGAAGUUUGGAUCGUCACCUCACCUGCCUCGAGAGGAGAAGGAGGGCCAGGGCGGGGCAGUAUAUACGAAGGGCUCCUCUGGUAACUUAUCUCUCAGACCCCAGUUGAUUAAAUUUGUGAAAAGGCACUUAAUAGUAAAAAAGACAACAGUGAAAUCUGUCAAAGGUUUAAUGAAUAUACGUUUAAAACAGUGCCUUGCAAAAAUGAUGACUCAUCAGAAUGUAGCUAGUUUCCUUGAUCAUUUGCCGUCCCACUGAACUCUGCAACUCUCCCGUUUUCAGCUGUUUUCUCUAUGGUCUGCUUUUCCCCAUCUUCGAGAGAAAAAAGUGCAAUCCUCAGAAUUUGUUAAACCACUAAAUCGUGAUCCAGCAUUAUCAGUUAAAUGUCUCUGUUCUAAGGAUUUUGAGCAAAAAUAUGUCACUUACAAUUAAAAGGGUGUAGAUGUCUUAUUCUUGCAUGUAAAACAC